AUGUAUAUUCUCGAGCAACUGGCGCGCCUUCUCGAUCGCCCGCUCUUCCCAUGGAAGAACGUGCUCGUGGGCUUCUCCCUGGGGCAGUUUGUCCUGGAGGGUCUUCUAUCGCUCCGUCAAUACAAGAUUCUGCAACGUACUAAGCCUCCCCAGGUUCUCGCUGGGGAGGUCACCCAGAAGGUCUACGACCAAAGUCAGGCAUAUGGUCGCGCAAAGGCCAAGUUCGGUCUAUUCUCCGGUCUCUACGGUCAAAUUCAAAACCUCGCAUUCAUCUACGGUGAUGUCCUUCCCAAGAUCUGGGGCGUUAGCGGCCUCCUGCUGGCGCGAUACCUCCCCGAUCGGUUCCAAGGCGAAAUCUGUCAAACUCUGGUCUUCUUCUUCGGUUUCAACAUUCUAAGCACUGUCCUCUCGCUGCCCGUCUCGUACUACAACACCUUUGUUCUCGAGGAGAAGUUCGGCUUCAACAAGCAGACGCUCAAGCUUUGGAUCACGGAUAUGCUCAAGGGUCAGAUGCUCGGAAUUGUUCUUGGUGCUCCCAUCAUCACUGGUGUGCUCAAGAUCGUUCAGAAGUUCGAUACCUCGUUCUACUACUACCUCUGGCUGUUUGGAGUCUUCCUCCAGGUGUUCGCCAUUACCAUCUACCCCAUUGCCAUCCUGCCUCUGUUCAACAAACUCUCGCCUCUUGAGCCUGGUGAACUUAAGACUGGUGUCGAGAAGCUGGCUGAGAAGCUCAACUUCCCUCUUUCCGAGCUCCACGUUAUUGACGGUAGCAAGCGCAGUGCCCACAGCAACGCCUACUUCUACGGUCUACCAUGGAAGAAGCACAUUGUUAUUUACGAUACCUUGAUUGAGAAGACUGAGCCCGAGGAGGUUGUCGCUGUUCUCGGCCACGAGCUUGGUCACUGGAGCUUGAGCCACACCACUAAGCUCUUCGGUAUUGCCCAGUUCCACAUGUUCUACAUCUUCGCUCUGUUCUCCGUCUUCGUCAACAACAAGUCUCUCUACCAGUCCUUCGGCUUUGUCAAACAGCAGCCCAUCAUGAUUGGCUUCCUUCUGUUCUCCGAUGCCCUGGCCCCUAUGGAUGCUGUUGUCAAGCUUCUCAUGAACAUCCUCAGCCGGAAAUUCGAAUUCGAAGCCGAUGAGUUUGCUCAGAAGCUUGGAUACUCGGACAAGCUCGCUUCUUCGCUCCUCAAGCUCCAGAUCCAGAACCUGAGCACCAUGGACGCUGACCCGCUCUAUGCCAGCUACCACUACUCGCACCCCAUCCUCCCUGAGCGUCUCGCUGCGCUUGGCUGGAAGGGUGGCAAGGUCACCAGUAGCAAGGAGGAGGACAGUGAGACGCCCGUCAAGGCAGCUGACCGUGAGCUGUAA